GUUCAUCUCUUCUCUUCUUCUCUUCGAACCUACGGAGAGUGAGGAGAAAUCAAAUCAAAUCAAACCCUAGCCCCCCGUCUCCGCCGGGAGACUCAGGCUCCCGGAUCUCCGGCGAGGGAGGGCCCCGCGAUCCCUCGAGGCCGAGGCUCAAUUAGGGGUUUCCGCGGGCGGGGCGGCGGGGGCGGGUGAUUCGGGGGUGGAGCAGGAGGAGGGAGGGGGAUGGGGUCGUCGUCGAAGGUGGUGCGGCCGGAGGACGUGCUGGAGUCGCUGAAGAACGACGGCAGCAUCGACGCGCUCCGCAUGAAGGUCAUCGCCCAGCUCAAGGCCAACGAAGAUAUGAAGAAAAACACUAUGAUGAUGGUGGAGCAAAGCAAGGUACUGAAUACCCCUGGAGCUGAGAAAAAGACCAAGAGGGAGUUGUUUGAUGCACUUCGACAAGAACUGGAGACUCCAGUCCUUGAGAAAGCUUCCAAGGCGGUUUGGGAUCUGAUACUUGACAGUGGUGGAUUAGGGAAAGAGAUAACUGAAACAGUUGAGAAAGUCUUCUUCCGACUCAGUGGAGUUGACAUGAUGCCACCUCCACCUUCAGCAGCUGGUGCUCAUCAAGAGAAAGAUGACAUGGCUGUUGAUGAGGGUGAGAAGAGCAAGGAGAUGGAUUCCUUCCAACCAUCAUCAUCAAAGAAGAGACCCUUCAGCGAAAUCAACCGAAAAGGAGCAGGAGCUGUACCAAAUGGCAGUGCUACAGACCUGCAUGAUGACUCGGAGGAUAGUGAUCACAAGAUGUGAUGCUGGCCUUUGCUGUAACUUUAGUUCUUAGAGGCUGAAGUAGCUUUGUGCUAGAAUGGUAAGAAGCUGAAAUGGGAUCCUGGGUAUUGAUGUAGUUUACAAUAUAGGGCUGUAUGUUAUAUUGGUAAGUUGUACUUCCUGUUCAUAUCAGUAAGCUCUGUAAGCAACUGUUAUAGGAUGUUUCGGUUUUGAGAAAGUGGAUGUUCCUGUGUCUUCUGAUAUAGAACAAAUUAGUUGACUAAUUCCUCAUGAAAGCAUUGUGGCAUGUUGAUGUUAAAAUUAUUUGACUUU